UGUCACUCACCUCCCAAUAAAUAGUAAUGCACCUGGCAUUGGGUAGACGGAGAGAUUUAUGUUUCUGCGUUUUUUUCUCCUACGGUUUGCAGACGAAGGUAAGCGGCCUGGAGGUUUUGAUUUUGCCCAAACAAGCGGCAAGAACUGCGUUCCGGCCGAGCUCUUUCAAGAUGAACCUGAACUACACGUCUCCGGGCGCGCAGAUACCCACCCAAAGGUCAACGUCCUUCUUCAUUGAAGACAUUUUGCUCCACAAGCCUAAGCCUUUGCGGGAUGUGUUUUCGUCGCCUUUCUCCAACUCGCUCACAUCCCGGAUGCCUCUGCUUGAAUACGGAUACCCCCUCAUGCCCACCCCGAUCCUCGCCUCUCAUCCACACCAUCCGCUGCACAAACCAGAACAUCACCCAUACUUUUUCACCUCUGGAGUGCAGAUGCCAUCGUUGUUCCAGCAUCACCCGGAAUUGCCAGGGAAACACUGCCGGCGCAGAAAAGCGCGCACCGUUUUCUCGGACUCGCAGCUCUCCGGACUGGAAAAACGCUUUGAGAUGCAGCGGUACCUCUCAACACCAGAACGCGUGGAGCUGGCCACAGCACUCAGCCUCUCAGAAACACAGGUGAAAACCUGGUUUCAGAACCGGAGAAUGAAGCACAAAAAGCAAUUGAGGAAAACUCAGGAGGAGCAGAAGACCCCAGGGGACUCGGACAGAUCUCUGGAAAAUUCCAGCGCCAGCGAGCUGCAUGACCGCGAGACGCAAGGAGACGCAAAAGACGGAAUGAGUCCGGAUAGAUACACGGUGGACGAAAACGAAGAUGAGGUCGACAUUGAGGACGACAUCUGCUCCCCUGAACAUUUACUAUAGACCCAAACACAUGAACUAAACCACCAAUGUACAUACCGAUUACUGUAUUUUAGAUAGGAAAUUCUAUUUAGUAAUUUUCUUUUUAUAUUUAAUGACCAUCUAAAAUAUACUAAUCAAGCGCUUAUGACAUGCGUUUUCAGCAAAAAGACUCAUGUAUCCAGGUUCCAGGAAGAAUUUCGAUUCUAAAAUAAUGUAUUAUUAUUAUUAUUAUUAUUAUUAUUAUUAUUAUUAUUAUUAUUAUUAUUAUUAUUAUUAUUAUUAAUACAUACCGCUCAUACCGUGGACUACAAUGAAAUGAUCGGAUUUGAAAUAUCACUCCACAAUGACUCUUUUUUGUGAAUAUGGGAGGGGUAGUAAAUAUUGUAUUUGACAAUCUGUAAAUAUAAUCAUGGUAUAUAGCACUUGUUCAAUCCGAUAAUUGAGCAAGAGCGCGGCAAUGAUUUCGGAUGUUGUUGGCGCAUCGUGUUCAUCAGCUCCAAACCUGUGAUGUGUCUUUUGUUAAUGCGAAACAUGUUCAAAAUAAUGUACAGUAAAUUCAUUAUCAAAGAAAUUAUGAUUUGGUCAAAGCAAACUAUGAUCACUUUGAACUCUUUUGGCAUCUUUUUUGUCAUUUUAACAGUAAAACUAUAAAGGAAAACUAUUAUUA